UCAUAGAGCCCUUACAAAAGAAGUUGGGCAGAUCUUUAUCAGGCCUACACAAGAAGAGAAACUAUAGUAGAGUUAUAUAAGAAUAACGAGUCUGUUAGCUUCCGGAGGAUAAAAUCAAAAGUUAUGACUACUGGAAAAUGAACCUAAAUUCCACCUGCACGGGCUAUGGGAAACUUCCUGAUGCAAAAUUCCUCAUCACCAUGAUUCGGAGAUGUAUUUCUCACCCCUUGGACUUACACAAAGUCUGAGCUUUCUGGGUGGAGAAUGCGGAAUAAUUACUCUACUGUUGCGACAUGUGCACAGAAGGAUGUCGGACUAGGGGAGCAGCUUUCAGAUAUAAGCUGCUGCUCUUCAAUAUGCGGCCGAGGUAUAUGCUUCGUCUGUGUUUCUCCAUGCUCACCCUGACCUUGCUGUUCUGGCUUAGAGUGCUGAUCGCACAGGACAGACUUUCACCUGCUGCACAAAACUCAUCACUCAGGGGCUACAGCAGGAUUAGCCCGCACAGAAAGACCAAGUUUCUGGAUGUUCACUGCAGCCACUGUGCUGUGGUCUCCAGCUCCGGUCAGAUGCUUGGCGCCGGUGCUGGAGAUGAAAUUGACCGAACAGGAUGCGUGAUCCGCAUGAACAAUGCCCCCACCAGAGGGUACGAGAAAGACGUCGGGAAACGCACCACCAUGCGGGUUGUGUCUCACACCAGUGUUCCUCUGCUGGUAGAAAACGAGCAGUAUUAUUUCAAGCAGUCCGCGAAUACGACGUAUGUGUUUUGGGGCCCCAAAAGGAACAUGAGGCAAGACGGAGAAGGAAUUAUUUUCAAUGUCCUGCUGAAGCUGGCUGUUAAGUACCGGAAAUCGAACUUGUAUGUCGUGACCCAAAGCAAGAUUAAGUACUGCGACAGUGUGUUUCAGAAUGAAACUGGAAAAAACAGAAUGAAAACUGGAGCGUUUCUCAGCACUGGAUUUUUUACGAUGAUUCUUGCUAUGGAAAUGUGUGACAGGAUCACUGUCUAUGGAAUGAUUGAUGACAAGUACUGCAGCCGAGCCAAUCACAGCGAUGUUCCUUACCAUUACUACGAGCAAAAGAGGCUCAGUGAGUGCAGGAUGUAUAAAUACCACGAGUCCACACAGCGUGGGGGACACCGCUUCAUCACUGAGAAGGCCAUCUAUGCCAAAUGGGCAACACAGCACAAUAUACAGUUCAAACAUCCUACAUGGAAACUGUGAGGAAUGGUGCCCUAUACAAAUAUCUCAGAUGUUGAAGUUACUAGACUUUUAUUUUGUUCUUGUUUUGACAUUUUUUUUGUGUGUAUAUGUGAGGAAAAGCGCUUAGCUGGGCAAAAUGUAGUCACGUUUACCUAUAUAUUUGUACAGAUGACAGUGAUUAAUAAAACACAGUUGGCUGCUAAUAAUUCAUUA